GUGAAGGUCAGCUGGAGGAAAGGGUAUAUAAAGUGCCCUUCCGCCGGUAAUGUCAUCACAUUAGCACCCGACGUCAUUCGUCAUCUACUACUGCAGUCAUGAAGGUUCUUUCCCUGAUCCUCGCCGUCGUAGGAGCUGCUUCCGCCCUCCGGGGUCUCCGCCAGAGACGCGACUCGACGCCCUUCUUCUUCGAACUCCCCUCGGACGCCACCUUGCUCCUGGGCAACGUGAACACGGGCUUCGACUGCGCCAACCUCCCCUACGGGUAUUACGCCGAUGAGGCCAACAACUGCGCCGUCUUCCACGUCUGCCUCCCCUACAUCGACAACGACAUCUACGUCACCAGGCACUUCUCCUUCCUCUGCGGGGAGGGGACCAUCUUCGACCAGGAGCGCCUCGUCUGCGACUUCCCCAACUCGGCCCUCUCUUGCUCUCAGUCCAGCUCCUUCAGGAGAACCAACGAGUAUUUCGGCAGGGAAAACGUCAAUUUCCUCGAGAAGUAGAAUUAAUUUAUUUUCAUUGUGUGAGCUUUGGGAAUGGCCAAUAAAAGCAUUUGUAACUAACAGAAAUUUAUUGUCGUAUGUGGAGGGUGAAUAAAUUUGACAAGUGA